GCGGAGGGGAGGGGCGGCGCCCGCCAAGUUGGGCGCUAAGGCGAGGGCGCCGCUUCCUCCUCGCCCUCCCGGCCCUCGCCGCACGGCUGCACGGGCAGGCAGCAGCUCCGCCGCCCCCCCCCCCAGCAUGGACAACAAACCCCUGCUGCAGGACCGGCCCCCCGCCUACAGCCCCGCUGCCCAGGGCGCGGGCUACGACUACGGGCAGAGCAACUACGGCGCCAUCCCCCCCCCGCAGCCCGGUUUCCAGCCGCCCCCACCCUACCCCUACCCGGGCGCCGCGGCUGCCGCAGGUUAUGCUGUUCCUCCACCCAUAUCACAACCAACCUAUUCCAGCACGUACACCAUUAUUCAGCAGCCUGCUACCACCACCACAUCUGUAGUAGUGGUUGGUGGCUGUCCUGCCUGCAGGGUUGGCGUGUUGGAAGACACCUUCACCUGUCUUGGUGUUUUGUGUGCUAUUGUGUUCUUUCCAAUUGGGAUUCUGUUCUGUCUUGCACUGAGGCAGAGAAGAUGCCCUAAUUGUGGGGCAGCUUUUGGCUGAGGGGACGAACGUGGACGUGCUUGUGGGAGCUACAACUGUUAGCAUACUCUUUCUAAUGUAAAUGUCAUGUACAAUCAUUUUAUUUGCUUCAGACCUGUUUUGUAAAGUGUGAAAAAAAAUUUAGUCUCUUGCAUGUAAUUUAAACAUAAUCUUUUAUGAGCAUGUGCAUUGCAAAACAUGAAAACCCAACUUGUUUUCCAUGUUUAGUGGCACCUGUUGACAACUAAAUAAAACUGCUUUUCCUUUUGCAAUCCUCAA